ACAGUGACACUGUGCAACUCCCAUAGGGACUCUUAUUACAUACUAUCUACUUGGCUGAUAUCCAAGAGGUGUCACUGUAUUAUUUUUGAUGUAGAUCAGUUGAUCUGGGAAUAUCAGGUCAACAGAGCCACAUGACCAUGGGUACUGUGACAGGAUGAUGAGCAAUUUGUUGCACUUACAGUCCCAAAUGCUCAUUUCGACAAAAACAUG